AUGAAAGUUGAGCUCACAGCAGACAUUGGAAGAAUUCUUCUCAAUUCUCGUGACGGUUUGAUUUUUCUUGAAGACUCUCCAUCCAGGAUAGUAGCGACAGGUCUCAAGUCUAAGGUGGCCAAUGCAAUACGAGGAGUACUGUAUCGCAUUGAUUCUGUCAUCAACAUCAUAAGUGGCAAUAGCAAAUACCUCUUUCAGAACUCUCAGCACCUUGGCAGCACUCCAGACUUCUUGCGAGUAACUCUGAAUGAUCAGGGAAAUUUCGGAGAGAACGGUUUUUCUGAAUAUGCUUCCACGGCUGCUCACAAGAAUGGUCUGAUAAUCAACAUCACAAUAGCUGCUGUGAACAACGCCCCUUCGAUUUCAAUGGGGAAUUCAUACACAGCUUACGAGAAUAGACCUUACAGUGUUGCUGGAAUCUCAGUGAAUGACAUUGAUGUUGACGAAGUGAUAACAUCUCAAUUCGCCAAGGAGCUUUGGCUGGGUUAUUUAUACAAUCUUCCAUAUGAAAACAAGAUCAAAAUUACAGCACAGCUCAAUGGUUACAACAACGGAGUAGCUCGUGGUUUGAUAUACAUCAAUUCGGACGGAUCUAAUCUUUACUUGGUUAGUAAUGGCUCUCAUGUCUUCAUUAACGUAUCUUCAACAUUUGUGCAAAGUCAUGCAUGUUCGUUCCAGGAUGCGAUUUCUCGCCCUGGAUCAUAUCAAUGUGAGCAGGAUACUCCUGCAUCGGGAAUACUCUGCAUGGGGUCAUGGGACAACAUCACUUGCAGAAGAAUUGGAGGCGGGCGCUUGCAGUUCGUGAACGACUCGAAUACUCGGUUUCAUAUCACCGACUUCUCUAGCUCACUCCUGCCAUAUCUCAAUAAUGUGUCAGCAGGAGUGCAGAUUGAAUUUGGGGUUGUGACCUCGGGAGGGCUUACAAUGCUCGGCGAAGUGAGUGCAUGGGAUGCGAACAGCUCAGAUAUCACUCUAGGCAGUGCGAGCACGGAUAUUCGCGGACUGUCCGGGGGGAUCAUACAAUGGCAGAUGUAUUUGAAAGGAGCCUAUUCGAAUUGUACAUAUCAAGGCCCUUCGCUUGCUGAAGUUUGUAUCUCUGCCGCAGGUAACUCAUUGUUUCCUGCUCAAGUACCUUGCUCUGGGGAAGCUAGUUCGCAGACAAGUUGCGAAAUGCUUGGAAACGGGCGCUUGCAGUUCGUGAACGACUCGAAUACUCGGUUUCAUAUCACCGACUUCUCUAGCUCACUCCUGCCAUAUCUCAAUAAUGUGUCAGCAGGAGUGCAGAUUGAAUUUGGGGUUGUGACCUCGGGAGGGCUUACAAUGCUCGGCGAAGUGAGUGCAUGGGAUGCGAACAGCUCAGAUAUCACUCUAGGCAGUGCGAGCACGGAUAUUCGCGGACUGUCCGGGGGGAUCAUACAAUGGCAGAUGUAUUUGAAAAACACGUUUUGCACCAUUCCGCAACCAUGUGGUUGCAAAGUGAUUGAUAUGUAUACAAGGAUCUCGUGUUCCAACGACUCUGACUGUGGAUUUAUUCUAAACAAUUCUUCCUGCGGGUGCCAACCAACCUUUCCUGUUUGCGGUCCGUUUAAGAGUGGGGAAUCGUAUGAUAUUCGCUUGGGACAGCCCUGUACUUAUCGCGGGGUGAAAAUGACUCAGAACGGCAAGGUUACCAUGCACGAUUCUUUGAGUUGUAUCUCUCCCAUUUUCGCAAUUGAAGGAACUUCAAGAAGUGAAUAUGUCAAUCAAAUCUUGUUUUCUCAGAGUUUGUAUGACCAUAACGAGCUUUCAGGGAGGGGAUCUACACGGAUUGAGUUUUAUUCACCACUGCUGUAUGCCCAAGCUGCCUUGCAGUCAUUGAUUUACCUUACCUACAAUCCCGAAUUUCCAAAUUACAACCGAUUGUAUAGAUUACCAAAGGAUGAGAGAAAUCCGGCUACAUUCAACAUCAAUGCUGAUGAUUUUGACAAGCUAUCGGUCACUGCAAAUGACAUGGGUAAUUCAGGGGGUGGGGCUCGCGUGGAAAAUGAGGUCACCAGCUCAAUGCAGAUUAUCACCAUGGCAGUCAACAAUCCACCGGAGAUACACGCUCCAUCUGUGAUCGCGGUUCGGGAAGAUGUCCCAUACAGUAUUUUGACUAGGCUCGAUGCCAGCCCUCCACUUCAUGGAAUUUUUCUUACCGACCCUGACCAGAAUGACUACGGGUUCAAUGAUUCAAAAGUGACUCUCGAAAAGACGUUGGGCUUUGCAGUGAAUCUUUCUGUGGAUCAUGGCUGCAUUUUUGUGAAUGAGAACUUUCUUCAAUAUGGUCAUGAAUAUGCUGGUCGGAAUCUAACCGACGCUUUGGGAAACACGAUUUACAUCAAAGUCGGCGACUCUCAGUGCAGCUUGAUAGACCCCUUUGCUACAGACGGAUGUACUAUUCGAUUGCUAGACUACGGGCAACCAAAGGAAGGCUUGCACGCUGUCAAGUGCAUCUCACAGUGUACUUCGGUCACCUUUGCUCCGUGUUAUUCUGCAACACCACCUACAGUUGAUCGUCACUGCUAUGGUCGUGGUUGUGCAAAGUUUCUAGCAUUUGAAGGACGAUUUGCUGAUAUCAAUAAUGUGCUAUCAAACAUCACUUAUGUCAGUGACCCCAAUUUCAACACUCAUUACGGGGUACAGGAAAGUUUGUUGAUCCAAGUUACGGACAACGGAAUACUGGGAGACCCGCCUGAUAUUCCUCAUCGUGCUCAGCUAAGAAUUCCGAUUGUUGUUGAACCUGUCAACGAUGCUCCCAUCAUCGGACGUCUGCAGAAUGCGCAAUGCAUAGACUACAGGGCUGAUGGCACAUACGAUCUGUCUCUGCUGUACAGCGAGACUAGAUUUUUCUCAAUUUCAUCUGUCGAUAGCAUCGACGUCAACGAAGACACUGAAUUUACCUUGAUGCCUGACAGGUUAUGGAUAUCCGAUCCUGAUGCUGAAGAAGCAACUAUUCGGAGCAGGACUGUCAGUCAUUGUGCUGGUCCAUGUGGAUUGGUAAUCAACGAUAAGAAGCGAAAUUGUUGCGUCUCAACAAGUUGCCCUUAUCUGUGCAAAAAGAUUGAAACUGUCACGCCAGGUGGAAUUCCAUCCGAUGUCAUUGUUUACCUAUCAGUUUCAAACGGCAAAUUAAGCUUUUACCCACCGCCAACUUACUACUUCAUUCCAGAGAUUGUCUUCUUGACAAACAUCUCAAAGCAGAUAGUUGAAAACAACGCCAGCAAUGUUCAACUUUGUACAAACCAAUUGGCAUGCAUGAAGAAUCAGACUGAACUGUGGAUUAGAACCAGGUUGCCUUACUUGCAAAAAGCUCUUAGCGCAGGUUAUCUGAGAUACAUUGGGAAUCAAAAUUAUAAUGGAGACGAUAAUCUCAACAUUUGGGUCUAUGACAACGGGUACUCUGACGUGACGUACACAAACCCCCGCUCAUCUUCAGCAUCGCUAGCCAUUCAGAUCGUCGCUGUGAAUGAUCCUCCAGCAAUACAGCAUCCAGGAGGACCAGGCUGUAGUUGCAAUCCAAGUUCAGGAAUGUGCAGCUGUUCCUCAACCCCGCCUUUGCUCUAUGCGUCCAGUGAUGCGUGCAUGAACGACUGGAUGAAAUAUGGGUUCUCAGAUCCCUGGCCUUCUGGCAGAGGACUAGACUGCACUCAUCCCAACUUGUCAUCAAUACCAAACACCAGAUCCACGUACAGUGGGUACAAAGAUUUGUCCACCAAGAUUGUGUUUUCGGAUGUGGACAUCAACCAGGGGCAAUAUGCGAAUCUUACUGUAGACUUGUCGAUUGCACGUCCGGGUGCUGGAGACUUUCAAAUCCGCAAUCUCUUAUCCACAGUGAUCUAUUAUCAGUAUGAGGACAAUGCAGGAAGAUGGCACAUGGUGAUGCAAGGCACGAUAUCGGACAUCAACUCUCAGAUGGAUCAGUUGUACUUCAAUCCAAACCCGACGUAUUCAGGUCCGUCUCCUUUCGAAAUAGUUGCAAACGACAACAACAAUUGGGGAAUCUGCACUCCUCGUAUUGGUGCGAAGCCAUAUCGUUGCAACCGAGACAAGUGCUUCAACCCUUACAGCGGUAACUCCUACGGUCAUUACUUCUUCUGCGGUAGGCCAGUAGCUUCAGAUGUCACAGACUUUGGGUUUUUUCCUGGUGCCUCCUUUGCAUGCGAAUCUUUGCUUCCGGCGGAACCGGCGGUGCUCUAUUCCGGGAGCAACUGGUCAGGACCAUGGUCCUGCUUGGGUUGUGGAAGUUACGACAUCUUCACUCAAUCCAUCAAGAACUCCAACCAAAGCAACCCAAGCCUCCCUGGCGUUACCAGAGUCAUCGUCGACGCUACUGUCGGCAGUUCAGCCGCAUGCCAGUUUUCCGAUUGUGUUUCCUGCAACUCAGCUACGAAGGCUUUUGCAGGACCGCACGCUGACGGUUGUGGAUGGUGUCCAAGUUUCUGCGGCGGAGCGGGAAAGUGUAUGAUCGGAAAAGCCAUGCCGAUCUUCGAAGCUUGUCCCACAGACGUGGCGACAGGACGAUCCUAUCGCCAGUGUUCUGCAUCCUCCAGCAGCCUGAUUCUUGAUCUUGCGGUAGCGCUGCCAACGGCCACCUUAGGACUCUACCUCAUCUAUGCUCUAAGCAAGUGGAUGCAACGAAGACACGGAAGCAUGGUUGUUUAUCUCAAGCGAAAGCAACUUGACUUCAUCCUGACUGGCAGGAAAUUGUAUCUUCUGCCUCCCGAUGGAGCUCAUUAUCGAGAAUUUUUUAUUAUGAUCAUCGUUACCGUGAUCGCUGGGAUUUUCUUUAGCGGUGUGCUGACUCAACCUGGGGGUCCCUAUGACUACCAUUCAUCUUUCUACCUCGACUCAUUGACGUCGUUGAGUAUGACAGUCGAUUCUUGUAAUCUGCGUUUCUUACCUACGAGGAUAUUCCCUUAUCCCACAAACCUUAUUUCCGCAUUGAAAGUCCGACUAGCAUUUCCAAUCGAUCAAAAGAUUGUUUUGGCCUCGAAUUCUUGCUCUGCGGCAGCAACGCUCUCGUUGCUCAAUAACAUGCCUGCAGCCACCAAGUAUCGGGACUACUACUGCAACAUUCAAUUCAUCAUUCCUGAUCGGUACGUGUUCCCGCGGCUCUCCAUUCAAGCUGUGGGAAACAACAUGACGACUGUGAGGGGAGGCCCGAUGGACCCCGACACUAAGAACUUUGGAAUUGAUUUUGGUGCGAAUGAAUUCAUCAUGCAAGGCGACUAUCUUUCUGCGCGGCUUGACAACAUUAGCGCCAAACAUCUCAAGUAUGAUGUCUUGCAUGGAACACUGGUGGCAACAAAUGUCUCGAACACGCCAUAUGGGACUUUCAAAAGUAUAGAUGCCGAUAUGAUCGUCACGUCUCCCAACCCCACAACUGUUUGGAGUUGGCAGAAGUCAGCAAAUAUGGUCUGCCUUUCGGCCUCAACCCUGUUCGUGGAUUCAGCUUGCAGUGAACAAUGUGGUUAUCCCAACCCGGUCGAAAUGCCCACUGGUCUGUCGGAUGUUGGUGCAUCGAAUACUAUUCAUCGAUAUUAUAGAAGAAGAAGUCUGCUGUCUACCUCGUGCACUGGCGUUCCUGCCGUUCCCGGGUGUGUCAAUCCCGACUGCACGUACAAUCAGAGCAAGCUCUGCCUCUGCAAGCCGAACUGCGACAUGAUCCCCGCCUCCCAGCUGAGCUAUGAUGGUGUCAGUGGGGUUCGAGGAAGCUGCAACGAUCUAGGUCAAUGCUGUCGGAUGAUCUGCCAAGGGUAUUCCCUCGCUGACAUGUUCCCCUACCCCAACUCAGUGCGAUGCGGCGCUUGUGUUGCAGCGACUUCCUGCUCACCUCCCACCUGCGGGUCUUGGACUUCUGGCAAUCUCGAGCAGCAAUGGUGGUUCACGAGCGAUCAGGGUCAGAUCUCAGUCACUGUGGCUGCGCAGCUGGAGUCUAAUCAAACUCUUCAGAACUCUUACAACGGCAGCCUGCCUCAGGGCGGUUCGAUCUCGACCAUCAACCUGGAUUUGCGGGAUACAGACAAGCAGGUUCUCAACGCAGAGUUCCAUGCAGGAGGAAGCUCGGCGCCUUCAGAUCAGAUCGUCUGGCUCAGUCUUUACGGCCCUGGUGCGCCUCUGAGUACGGACGGAGACUAUGCUUGGAUCAAGGAUGUCCGAUACCUGGUCCUGCCCGAGUACUUCUUGAAAGCCGUCUCAUACUCCCUGCUGGCCCCCAAGAAGCGUCUGAUCUCGCUGGGUCUGAUGCCAGGCUUCUGCCCUCCCUUCCUAGCCAGCAACGACCCUGCUGCGACCACGAGGCAAGUGGCCUUGCAGCAGCUUCUCCUCAACACCAUCCAAGAGUAUCCUGCGAAUGUCGCGACCAGGCCGAUCCCUCAGGGCAGCGAAGUCGUGUGGGUCCCAGUGACAGGAUCCCCGGCUAAGUUCGUGCUGGAUCCUUCCACAAGUCAAUACUUACCUACGGUCAUCAGCAUGUGGACUGGCGCUGGACCCUCGAUGUACACGUUGCUGCUCCUGUCCAUCUUCGUUCCGAUGGCUGCCUCUCUUGUUGCUACCUUUGGUCUGUUGAGAGCUGGUCGAUCUUUCCUGCAGAAGUUCCGAGAGAAGGCGCUUGAAAAGGAGAACACGUACCUCAACAUCUACGAGCAGGCCAAGUUCGACCACCUCCCCUUCCAUGAGCAAGUUGACCGACUUGAGAUACCGGCUGAGACCAGGAAGGAAAUGACCGGGCGCACAUCCUUCUUCUUUGUCAUAGAUCAGAUCUUCAUGUUCUCUGAGCGCACCACGCUCAUCAAUGAGGCCUUUCGUGUCCUCAUACACCUCACCAUCAUCACGACCCCCGCGGGAUACAUCUACUAUGUCUCCAGCCACUGGAAGACAGCGUACCUGACUUUCCAGUGCCGUUACACGAUCAGCCAAGGAGAGUGUCUGUCUCAGACUGAGGUAGGAUCCAUGUUCCUCAACUACAUGCUCCUCGUGUACACCCUCGUGGCUCUCACGGAACUCUCUGCUUACUACCUCAAGUUCCCCUACCUUCGUGGCAGGGCGAUUCUCCGAGGGCUCUUCUACUGCACAGUCUCUGCCAUCAUCUGCUUUUCCCUGCUGUUUCUACUUCUCAGCACGACGUGGAUCAUGCUGGGGAUGCUGCUGCUGCCCUCCAUUGUGGCUCCUUACUUCAUCGCUGAGUUCAUGAUCUCUCUCAUCCUCUUGAGCUACAUCGUGAAGCUCGUCAGGUUCCGAGCUCGAGUCAGCGUCCACACCAGGAGGAGGCUCGAGCUCUUCAAGAAGUCGUUGGUCCCUCGCUUCCCGUCUCGGGUGGUGGACGUGGUUGUGGAGAUGAGCCUGGAGGCGGCGCUGAAGGAGAACGGCUUGAGCUACCGGGGCAUCGUCUUGAACACGGUCGGCUUGAUCACAGCCAUAGUCAUGAUCUACUCCUUCAUCCUCGUAGGCUUCAAGGCCUUCAGUGCCGACGGCUCGUCGGGGCUGCUCGACUCGAUUCUGAUUCUGCUGGUGUCGCUGGGGAUGCUCUCGUCCAUCAACUCGGAGAACAAGCGAGAGCAGGUGGAGGAGAGCACGCGGGCCAUGAGCGACCGAGUGCUCGAAGCCACCUCCAGCACGCUCAGCAUCAUUCAGGACCAGCUGCAUGUGGCAGAGAAGAUGAUCAAGAGUCAACAGCACCUCGAAGACCCCAAGGAGGAGGAGCUGCCUAGGGGAAUGAUCGUUGACUGA